UGACCUUUGAUUGUUUGCCAGUUAAUUGUUUGUUUCUUUGGUCUUUUUAAACGACAAUUAAAUUACAAUUUUUAGACAAAAUGACCAACUAAGUAAUCAGCUAAUUGAUUUGAUUGGUAAAUUAAUCUUCAAGUGUUUUGUUAAUCCGCUCGUUCAUCUUUUCAAAAUGUCUUCUUUGUCUCCUUGUAUCUUUCGGCCAUUUUUCUUGUGAAACUCAGUUCAUUAUAAUUCAACAAGAAUCAUCAUGAUGUUAAUCGUUAAUAACUCUACAAUCUAAUUUUUCUUAUUAUUCUCUGUGUUUUUGUGUCUGUAUUUAAGAGAGUUAAAUCUUAACCCGAUCUUUUUCCAGUCUUCUCUUGUUUUCUUCGGAUGAUCAUCCAUGUUUCUCUAAUGUUUUAUAUCUUCAACCACUAAAUCUUUUUGGUUAAAUUGUUAUUUUUGGUUAUAUUUUCUGUUUCUCUUUUUUUUAGAUUGAUUGCCAAUGUCUUCCAUAAAAUGCCUUCCCGCUCAUGCAAACGUUUGAAGAAAAGGAGGAAAUAAAGGAGAAGAAGAGAAAAAAAAACUCCAAAAAGAGUAAUGAAGAUUACUUUAAAUUAUCUUGUUCUUCGAUCCCUAAUGAAUCUUUGGGUAAAUUAGCUGAUAUAUUUGUAUAUACAAAGAAGCUGAAAAGGAAGGAAUAAAUUCCUAUUGAAACAUUAUUAUAACAAGAGAAGACUUUUAUCUUAUAUAUACAAAUGAGAGACACUAAACACGAGGAAUCACCUUUAAUCACAUUCUAUCAAUCAAGUUGACUAAAAUUUAAUAUCUUCUGGAUAGGAACACAUUACAUGUUGGAACAACAAGAGAAAGAGAGUAAACAAUUCCCACUAUCCUCAUAAACCUCUAAAGAUCAUCAAAAAUGGAUUGAUACCAAUUUGUAAUUAACAUUGUGUUUGGACCAAAAGGAAACAAAGUGAUGUUUAUAAAUAUCCAGUUAGGUUCUCUUACUACUGGAACAACCAUGGAAAAAGAAACCAUGGUAAAGUAGAGUGAAAUUUCAACUAUUUGCAUGGAGAAAAGUGAAACAAGUAACAAAAGUGUGUAACACUUAAAGAACAGGAAGGAGUUAGAAGGUGAUGAAGGAGGAGAAGAAGAAGGAAUAAUAAUCAUUCUAAAACAUUGUAACGUUUUCCUCUCCAUCAACUUUACGAUUUAAAUGACAACUGAAAACGCAAUCGAAUCCAGAACAACUUAAAUCUAUUUUCCAUUGAAUUUUACUACUGAAGGAGGAAAAUAAAAGAAUAACCAUCAAAUGGUAUUAUCGAUAUCUAAAGAAACAACAACAAUCAAACAAUUGACUACCAACAGUUACCACAAGAAUUGAUGCUCAUUUGUCGCCUUAAUAAGUUCAUGGUUCAGCUCAACCUUAUUCACCAAGGGUUAACUUUAUUUGGCUUCUGUGAUUAUCUUCCAAGUCAUCAUCAUAAUCAUCAUUCCAUUUUUUGAGGCUUGUCUAAUCUAAUUCUUCUUAUAGUUUGUAUUAAUUUUACACUUUGCUUGUUUAUUUUAUUCUAUUUCAUUUCAUUAUCUUCUUUUCCUCAUCUUCUAUGUAAUUUUGCUUAUUUUUUUCUAUUUAUUUGGUUUACUUGAUAUGCUCUCAGAUGAUAUUCAGAUGAUAAUAACGAUAAGAACCAUUGGUUUGGAACUAAAUUGAUUAUUAUUACCUUUGAAUGGUAAUAAAUUUCAAUUGAUUCAAUUUGAAAUUCAUUUAUCAUCACACACAUAAUCAGCAAGAAAUAAGGCAAUGACUGGAACUUCAAGUUCAUGACUUCGUCAAUAUUUACUUAUCUGAAUAAAUGCUAUUUGUUUAUAAAUAGCAUUUUCUUCAGUUAAAUUGCUAAUUUUUACUUGCAUAAUAUUCAUUCAUUUAAUACACUAAUCAUAUCAUCAUUUACUUUUUGAAUGGGAAAAAGUUAUCAAAAAAGUUCUGGUUUAUCAACAGGAAACUUACGUUUACUAUGAAAUCAAAUUGCUUAAUAAUUGUGUAACAAUUUUCAAGAUCAAUCUUAACUUUCGAUAUUAUAUUAAAGUUCCCAAUUCAAUAUAAAUGGACACAUGAGAAACUGUUUUUAAAGUUGGUGAAAAAAAGGAUAAACUACUAAAGGAACAACAAAAAGACAUCAAUAAUACAUGAUUUAUAAUGAGCCCCUUCCGUUGAGGUUAAUACAGUGUAAUCAAGAUGAGGACAAGAAUCAUGAAAGAUAUAAAUGUCAUGAAAUUCAAUGGAUUUAAUAAAAGACAUGUCCAAGAGGUUAUACCGGUGAAAAGAUAAAAUCAAAAAAUCAUUUUUCAUUCAGAAAAUGUAUGCAAAUGAAUCUGGCUCUAUUUCGAUGUAUACUAUAACAAUGACGUCGUUAAUUACUCUAAUUACGAGAAAUUUUGUUUGACACACUGGGAAAAAAACACAAUGUCAAUGGUGGUGAACAAUAUCAUCUCAUCAACCAUUAUUAUGAUGAUAUUUUUAUCUAAUUGUGAUAACCUUCACCUUUAAUACCAAAGGGAUUUACAUGCUAAUCAAAAUUCAUGAGUGAAAUCCAAACAACUGAACUCAACUGAAAAGACAUUCAUUGAAGUCAUUGGUUUAUCUUUUGUCAUAUUCACAGUACAUACUGCCUUCAAUAUCUCUGACUAUCUUCACUCUUUUUCAUCAUCAUCUUUGUCUUCCUCGUCUUUUUAUCUUCUUCUUCAGAUAGAGUCAAAAUUUGUUCUCCUUUUCAUCUUAUUGAUAUCACUUUUGUUAAAUUAUCAUCAUCAAUAUCUUGAAAUCUUUUUUUCAUUCUCAUUGAAAUCAACAAUGUUAACAGUAAAUUUUGUUUUGUUAUACUUUUUUUCACACCAAUUUAAACAUCACCAACAACUUAUCAACAAUUGAAACCCAAAAAAAAUUGAUAACAAAAGGAAAUGACCAACAUUAGAUUUUGUUAUUUGAAUGGUCAAAGAAAUUCAACUUUCACCAUAGAGACAAAAUCAUGUUUACAUGUAAAAUUUUCAUCUUUAUAUUAUAUAAAUUUUGAUUAACUUGAGAAAUAGUUACUGUUUAUUUCACAUGAUAAAUUUUCUUGAAUGUUUACAUGAGUUGCCUGAGAGAUUGAAAAAUUAUUGUUUACUCUAAAAAAGUGACCGCAAUCAAUUGAUUUGAAGUAAAGAAAAUCAAAUAUUCUGUUACAUUGAUUGUAAAUCAUCAUCUUUGUGUAUUUUGUAAAAGUAAACAGGAUAACAUGAUGAUAAUAAUUUACGAAAUUCCAACUCGCAAUCAAGUUUUUUGAUUACAUUGAUCCAUCAAAUUUGCAAAGUGAAAAGACAACAAACACUCAGGUGACUCAAUCAUCCACAUCAUAAUCAUCAUCGUCAACAACAACAUUAUCAUUUCCAUCAUCUUCUUGUCUUUCCUUUUAAUUUUUGCUUCAUCUUCAACCUUUUUCCAACCCGAAAAUCAUCAUCAUCUUUACCUUUUAUAUUUACAAAAUAAUCUCUUCUCACUAACCUGGAAUAAUCUUUUACAUGUUUCGUUAGCUUAAGUUGAUCUCUAAAUUAGGAAGCAAAAAUGAAAGAUGCUUAAAACAAUAACAACAACAACGACAAGAAUAAAAAUAACAACAACUCGAUCAUAUGAGAAAAAGGACCUAAAACAGAGAGAGAGUGAACAUAAAGACGAAAAAGAAAAAAUCGAAAAACCUUAACAUCCAAAGAAUAAAAUAACAGCUACACUAUUAUUAAGUAAAAUUAAUGAAAAGGAAAAAAAAUGUUCUCUUACCAUCAUCAUUAUCAUCCUUAUUAUUCUUACUCUAAAGCAUCCUCAUCAUUUCUUAUAACAAAUAUUAUCAUUAUCGUAAGAAAUUGUUUACUAACACAACUAAACAAUCAUGUUAAGGUGAACAUCUCAAUGAUGAGCUCAAAUAAUCAAUUUAGUUAAAUAUGAUUUAAGAUUAUUAAUGAGAAUUAACUUUUAAUUAUAUUGUGACUUAUUGAUUGCCGGUCAACUGUUAUUAUUGUAAUUGGUCAUUUCUUCAAUGUUUACUAAAUUGUGAUCCACAUUUUGGAGGAUAAAAAUUGACAAAUACAAUUACUAAUUGGCUAAUUAUUAUGGUUUAUUGGUUUAGCGUUUACCUGAUAAUUACCACGAGGAGAAAUGAUGAAAUUUGAUUUAUAAUAACAGAAUCUUCACUAACUAAUCCUCUUAAUCAUUAAUUACAUCAUGAUUUGGAUUGUUAAAUUAUGUAUAAUUAUGUUAUUUAUGAUUAAUUCAAUUUGGAUAAAUUGUGAUUUAGUGUCUACCAAUAAUGACAAUGGGAAUAAUGAAUUUGAUAAAUUACUUUCACCAAGAACAGUUAAAACUAAAAAUGGUUUCCUCAGGGGUAUUCUUAUAUCACUUUCAACACCUUCAUCAUCAUCAUCAUCAUCAUCUUCAUCUUCAUCAACUUCAACAACAGCAAGUUCAUCAGUGCCCAUGGAAAAUGUGAACAAUUCUGAACGAAUCAGUGACUCACUAUCUUCCAAAGGAUAUCGUUCAUUGAAUUCAGUUGAAGCUUUUCUAGGUGUUCCUUAUGCAGCUCCACCUAUUAAUAAAUUGCGAUUCAUGCCCCCGGUGACCCCAGCCCAUUGGAGGGGCACAAGGCUUGUUAAUCAUUAUCAACCAGUGUGCCCACAAAAAUUACCUAAAGGUUUUGACUCUCAAGGUAACAUUAAAGAUUCAUCCAGCUCAUCACCAUCACCAUCAUCAUCAUCAUCAUCAUCCGCUUCCGUUUCCUCUUCAUCAUCACCUGAUAAUCUUAUACGUGGUAAUUAUGGUUAUUUUUCACGGAUAAUCCCUCAUCUUACUAAUCAAAGUGAAGAUUGUCUUUAUCUCAAUGUUUAUCUGCCUUUAUCCAAAGGGGAUUCUGAUACCAGACUUCCAGUAAUGGUGUUUAUUCAUGGUGAAUCAUACAAUUGGGGCUCAGGUAAUUCAUAUGAAGGAACAAUUCUGGCAGCUUAUGGGAAUAUUGUUGUGGUAACUCUUAAUUAUCGCCUUGGAUUAUUUGGUUUUUUACCGACCGUUAUUGAUGGUACUACUAGAGGGAAUCAUGGACUUAUGGACAUUAUUGCCGCUCUCCAUUGGAUCCAUGAUAAUAUUAAGGAGAUAGGGGGAGAUGAAAAAAAUGUUACCUUAGUUGGACACAGUCGAGGUGCUGCUUUUGUUAAUCUGCUCAUGGUAUCGCCUUUGAGUCAGGGUUUAUUUGAUAAGGUUAUCCUGAUGUCGGGAUCAGCAUUAAGUUCAUGGGCAAUUUCCCACAGAAUCGAUGACUAUGCAAAAUAUUUAUCGAAAGCGGUUAAUUGUCCCAAUUAUGAUAAUCCCGCUAUGGUUGAUUGUCUACGAGAUAAAUCAAUGGAAGAGCUGUUAAAGGUUGACAUUGAAGAUGAUGAUGAUGAUUUUUAUCUUGCCGGAUUUGGACCAAUAAUUGAUGGAUUAGUGGUUCCAGCUGAUCCCAGAAUCUUAAUGGAAACAUCCAAUUCCUCAUUUAACUUAUCUCCAUCCUCAUCAUUAUCAUCCUCAUCUUCAUCAUCAUCAUUAUCCAAUUUACCUUCAGCAAAUAUCAAUCAUAAGAAAACCUUAUUAGCACCUCAGAAUUUAAAUUCUGGUUCAAUUAAAUCAACCGUUGCCUUUGGUAGUAAUCAAAUGAGACCUUAUCAAUUAAUGUUUGGUGUAACUCGAGUCGAAUCACCAAUAUUAUUCAGUAAAGAUGAAGAGAAACAAGGAAUCGAUUUAGAUAAAAGAGAUUCCAUAUUGAGAACUCUGGUUCGAAACAUGGUUAACUUUUAUCAAGAGGUUAUCUCAUUAACACUUAUCAAUGAAUAUACUGAUUGGAGUGUACCUUCAGAGCAUCCGAUCAAUAUUCUUGAUUCAUUGAUCGAUAUACUUGGAGAUGCGCUUGUCGUCGCACCGAUAACCAAAACAGCCUCAUUACAUUAUAAGAAACUUACCUCAGCCUUACAAAGAUUCAGAGGAUCUCCUGUUAAUCCAGUUAAUCCUUCUAAUACUGAGAAGACAAUUAAAUCUGAAUCUCCUUCCAUAUAUUCAUAUGUUUUUGUUUAUCAGUCCGAAACUUAUGGUUACUCAGCUCGUUUGGGUUGUGUCCAUGGGGAUGAGCUACCAUAUCUUUUUGGUGCUCCACUUGCUCAACAUUAUUUAUCUAAAUCAUUAGGUCACUUUCGUCUCAAUUACUCUAAGCCUGAAUUAGUAUUGUCCGAAAUGACCAUUAACCAGUGGGUGAACUUUGUAAAAUUUGGUAAUCCAAACGGUAUAAAAGUUCAAUCCAAGGAUCGAAUCGAAAGUCUCAUUUGGCCUGAAUAUGAUACUGUCCAAAGAAAGUAUCUAAUGUUAGGGAUGAAACCAAAAAUUCGUGAUCAUUAUCAUAGUCAUAGAUUAUCUUUUUGGCUCAAUUUGAUUCCUAAACUUGAGCGUCACGCCAAAGAGGAAAGUGAUCAUUUAAAGCGACAUCUUCAAGAUCAGGAGAUUCUUGGUAAUAAUGGUCAAGUUUCCGUUUUCGAAAGGAUUUCAUUGAAAUUUCUAUCAUCAUUACAAUCUCCUGGAAUCAAUGGAGGUAAAAAGAAGGAGCCAUUAACAUCUUCAUCGUCAGGAGAUAAAAGUUUAACCUCAUCUGAGCCAUUCGCUGGUGGUAACAAUUUAGAUGAUCUAAAUAAUGAUAAUAAAGAUAAAGAAAAUAAGAAUAAAGUUAAUAGUCAAUCGAGUAACAAUGGUAAUAAUAAUAAUGGUGAUAAUCCAACAUCAAAUCAAUCAACUGCAAUUCAACAUAUUAUCAAUAAUCGUACCAUUUAUUCAACUGCAUUGAGUUUAACAAUUGCCAUUGGAAUUGUUUUAUUGACAAUCAAUGGGCUAAUCUUUGGAGCUGUUUAUUAUUAUAUUAAUAAGCAUAAAGUUGACAAGAAUCGAUCCAAAUUUUCACCAGUUCGUUAUGUAGAUAUACAAUCAGGACUUGAUGGCCCUUCAAAUGGUACAACCAGUUUGGGUGAACAUCAUUAUGCAGGUUUUUGUUGUGAAAAUCAUCAUCUAUGUCCAUUCACAGCGGAAACAACAUCUCACCAUUUGUCACAUCAUCAUAUUCAUCAUGCAGAUUCAUCGUCUCCCUUACGAUCACCACCAACGACUCAAGAUAUUCAUCAGAAUCAUACUAAUCUUCAGCAAACAACAAAUACCUCAUCAGGUUCAUCUCAUGUUAGCCUUCAACCUUCAUCAGGUAUCACAGUUGCCUCUUUAAAUCAAUCCUCAUUGUCACCAUCACCAGGAACACAGGUAAUAUCAGGUUCUCAACAGCAGCAGCAGCAACAACAAUUAGCAUCAUCAAAUCAUCAAGGAUCAAUUUCCACUAAUGGUUCCAAUUGUGAAUCAAAGGUUACCUGUCAAUGUGAUUCUUGUUACCAUCAACAAUCAAUAUGUGAUAAUGGUCAUUGUCUUACAGUUAUCCAUGAAUUUGAUGAGCAUCUUUGACAUCAGGUUUCACCAAUUGAAACUCAAUUUUAAUCACAAUUUUUUGGCGACAAAACUAUUAAAACGAUUCAAACAGCUCAGCCCCAGGAUAUUUUCCGCCGGUGUAAGAUGCAAAAAAACCAAGAUAAAGUUCUUGAAUUUUUGCAAAAUUAAUCCACAAAUUUGCAGGAAAUACUAUUAAACAAAGAAUUUGAAUUUUCUAUAUGAACAGAAAAUAAUUAAACACAAAUAGAGAAAACAAAUUAUUUCGUCCCAAGACUUUUACAAGAAAAAGAAAAGAAGAUUACUCACAAUCACAAUGGAAUAAUUGUUCCAGAUGAAUUUUCUACUAUUUAUUCUAAAUAAAAAUUAAAUUUAAUCACUUCAA